AACAGACAAACACGAGAUUUGCCAAAUAAGCAAAACAAAAAAAAAAUGUGACAACUAUUUUCACACAUUUGGUUCUCACACAUCAUUCGUUCGAAUUCGUUUUUUCUGGUUUUUUUUUGAUUCGAAAAUCAUUUUCUACUUGCUGAUCUACUUUUUGCAUUACUUUUUUUAGUUAAUUUAGCUGAUUUAGCUGAUACUUUUAUGGCGUGCCUAAUCAUAUCACAUAGCACGGUCACAUGUUUUUGUUUGUUUAAUUCGUUCGAUUUGAAACAAAACAAUGAAUUCAUCAUUAUCAAUUGAUCGAGAUUUAUUGAAAAAAACAAUUUCCGAACAACAAUCAAAUAAACAUCAAAAUCGAUUAUAUCCAUUUUGGCCAAAUGAUUCGGAUCAAUUUAAACGAUUAUCAUUAAUAUGGAAAAUAUCAUCGGAUUAUGAUUUGAAACAAACAUGGGCUAUUCGACAUGAAUAUAAAUAUUAUUUUGCAUUGAAUACAAUAACCAAUAUAACCAUUGGUCAACAGAUAAGAAGAUUUUUUGGUCUAAAUCGUCAAAAUUUAGCAUGGUUCAGUACGAUUACACCAUCUUUAGCUUUUUCUACAAUUUUAGGAACUGCUAUUCAUUUUGCUUUCAUAACUAGUCCGAUCAUCGAUAAACCGAAUGAUAAUCAUUAUAAAUAUUUAAUUCGAUCAACAUUUACACAAUUAACAACAUCGGUUAUUUAUCCAAUUGUAUUCAUAACUGGAUCAUCAUUAUAUUUUGCUGCAAAAUAUCUGACACAACCAAUACCUGAUGAUUUUGGUAUACGACCUGAAUCAAGAAAAUAUGUUUGGGAUAAAUUUCUUAAACAAUUAUUCUUAAAACAUCGUCGAUCAUGGUCGAUUUUUGCAAUAAUCAAUGUAAUUGCUGCAUCUACAUUAACCAUUAUGGAAAGUGAACAAACAAAACAAUUAUUCCGUAAUGAACAAAGAAAAUAUUUAGAAACUCAAAUAGAACAAUAAUGAGGAUUUGAUUCAAUUCAAUAAUAUUUAGACUUUUAGUAAAUAAAUUUAAUUAUUUCAUUUUAAUAAUUUCUAUUCAUUUUCCCAUCAUCAUCAUGUCAUUUGUUUAUCCUGUAUACAUUGGUAUUUCAGUUUUCAAAAAAAAAGAAAAAGAAAAAAACCUUUUACCAAUCAAUUUGUAUACAAAUAGUAAAUGGCCAUCAAAUGUAAU